CUCAGUGUCCCCCAAUGCCCUUUCGUGUCCCCCGUGUGCCUCAGUGUCCCCGCGCUGGGGGCACCCCGUGGCCUCCCUCUCCAUGGACCCGCUGCCACUGACCCUGGCACUGCUGGCAAUCACCGUGGCCACCACCGUGGCCACCACCGUCCCGCCCGGUGACACUGCCACCUCCCUGGUGGUGGCCCUGGACAUGGCCCGGGACUCCUUCGAUGACCAGUACCGGGGCUGCGGCCGCGCCAUGACCGCGGCCUUGCCGGCCCUCAACCGCUCCGAGUUCCGGCAGAGCGGUCACUUCGCCGAGGGCUGGGCUCUGGCCGCGGCCGAGUGGCGCGUCCGGCUGUCCCCUCGGUCCCCUCGGUCCCCUCUGUCCCCGGCCCAGGCCACCGCCCUGCUGGCCUACACGGCGCCGGUGCCGUUACACCGGACCUUCAACGACGCCGUGCGCGCGGCCGGGCGCUCCCGGCGGGAAUACCGGGACAACUUCCACUUCAAAGCGCUGCAUUUCCUGCUGACCCAGGCCCUGGCGACGCUGAGGGACGCCGGGGGACCGCGGUGUCACCGCGUGUUCCGGGGCGUGCGCGGGGUCCGGUUCGAGGCGCGGCGCGGCGACACCGUCCGCUUCGGUCACUUCGCGUCGGCGUCGCUGCGCAACGAGAGCUCCUGGAGCUUCGGGACGGACGCGGCGUUCCAGGUGCUCACCUGCCAGGGCGUGGCCAUCCGGGAGUUCUCCUUCUUCCCGCACGAGGAGGAGGUGCUGAUCCCGCCCUUCGAGACCUUCGAGGUCACCGAUGUCACCAACGUCACCAAGGGUGGGGACAAGGCGCGGAUCUGGCUCCGCUCCAGCGGGACCUUCAGCAACUACAACUGCGAGUGGCUGCGAGAGCAGCGCUGUGGGGAUGGGCCCUGCGUGUUUGACGCAGGCAGGAGCAUCCCUGGGGACCUCCCCCACCUCGGAGGGCUCCUCCUGGCCACUGCGGCCCUGGCAGUGGCCACCGGGAUCCUCUAAACCACCAGGCCACCAAGACCACCACAGUCAUUGUGGUCACCAAAGCCACUUGCACUCCCCCAAGCCAUGAGGCCACCAAGGUCACUGAGGUCUCCGAAGUCACCGUGGCCUCUGUGGCCACUGUGACUUGCAAGGCCACCAUGGCCACUGUGGCCACCAAGCCAGGACAAGGGAGGGGACAGCAGUGGAGCUGCGGGUGCCACCAGGAUGUUGGGACAAGAGAGGGACAGGGGGACCCUGGCUGUGCCAUGGCUGUGGUUCUUCACUUUUUGGUAUUUUUUGCCUCCCUUUCCGAUAAUUUUAUUUUUUC